AUGGUAGUCACAGACCCCCGCUACGAAAUCCCCCGUGAUCUAGAAGGCAAGUCCUCUAUAUCCCAUCAAGCUAUAAGAUACGGCGAAUCGUCACUGCAUCCCCAAUGGCCCAACAACGCCAAGCUAGCCCUCUCCUUCAUCCUAAAUUACGAAGAAGGCGGCGAGCGAACGGUGCUGAAUGGAGACGCGCACUCGGAGCCGUAUCUAUGGGAAAAGGGGGCAUCGAGUUCGUUUUUAGAGGGCGCGAGACAUAUGGCUGCUGAGUCUGAAUACGAAUACGGCUCCCGCGUCGGUGCCUGGCGCAUCCUGCGAUUGUUCAAGGAGCAAGGAUAUAGAUUUACCACAUGGGCCGUAUCACAAGCCGUGGCCAAAAACCCUACGUUCGCGCGUGCGCUGGUACGCGAUGGCCAUGAGAUAGCUGCGCAUGGUGCGAGGUGGCUUGAUAUUUCUGCGCUGACUGUUGAGGAGGAGAAGGCGUAUAUCAGGGAGAAUUGUAAAACUCUGGAAGAUGUGACAGGAGUUUUUCCACGGGGCUAUUUUUAUGGGCGGGGGACGCCGAAUACGCGGUGUCUGUGGCCGGAGGUCGUGAAGGAGAUGGGGGGCGGGAAGAGGCUGUUGUACAGCAGUGAGGCGUUCAAUGACGAUGUGCCGUAUUGGGUUGAUCUGCCGUGGGAGGAGGGACUCGAGGUUGGGGAGAGGGAGGGGUUGCUGAUUGUGCCAUAUAAUUAUGAUUGUAACGACGGAAAGUUCCACAUGAGUCCUGGGUUUGUAGGCUCACACAUGUAUCUCGAGUACCUGAAAUCGACGUUCGAUAUGCUGCUCCGUGAAGGCCAAGCAGGGAGUCCGAAACUUAUGAAUGUACCGAUGCAUUCGCGCAUUAUAGGGAAGCCGGGGCGGGCGGAGGCGUUGAGGAGUUUUAUGUUGUAUGUUAAGGAGAAGGGGGGUGACGAGGUUUGGGUGGCUACUAGAGAGGAGAUUGCGGAGCAUUUUAAAAAGGAGUUCCCGUAUGUGCCAGGACAUCUUGCACCGGGGAGGAAGAUGGGACUUGAAGCUUGA